AUGUCGAGAUCGAGCAAUUCUAAUGUUUCUUUCGUGCUUUUUGCUUUGUUUAUCACGAUAUCAUGCACCGCGUUGCAAGUGAAGUCUCAAUUGAACACGAGUUUCUACUCAACCACGUGUCCCACUCUUCUUAAAAUUGUUCGGAGGCAGGUGGUAAAUGCCCUAAAAUCGGAGAUGAGAAUGGCUGCUUCUUUGCUACGACUUCAUUUCCACGACUGUUUUGUAAACGGUUGUGAUGCCUCAAUAUUACUAGAUGGAAGUGACGGUGAGAAGUUUGCUCUCCCAAAUUUAAACUCAGCCCGAGGUUAUGAAGUCGUUGAUUCGAUCAAGACGGCUGUGGAGAACGCAUGUCCGGGAGUUGUCUCGUGUGCGGACAUACUUGCCAUCGCUGCUCGAGAUUCGGUUCUAUUGAGUGGAGGACCCUCUUGGAAGGUAUUGUUAGGUAGAAGAGACGGAUUAGUGGCUAAUCAGACAGGAGCAAAUACUUUACUUCCUUCUCCAUUUGAAACCCUUGAUGCCAUCAUUUCAAAGUUCAUUGCGGUUGGCCUAAACCUAACCGACGUCGUCUCUCUUUCAGGUGGGCAUACAAUCGGUUUCGCGAAAUGUGCAACGUUUAGAUUUAGAUUGUUCAACUUAUCCGGCACUGGAGUCCCCGAUGACACUUUGGAGUCAUCCUUACUCUCCGACCUUCAAACGCUUUGCCCAUUAAACGGAGAUGACAAUGCUAACACUGAACUCGAUCAAAACUCAACAGAUCUAUUUGAUAACCAUUACUUCGAUAACCUCAUUGCGGGAAAAGGAGUCCUCCGAUCCGAUCAAAUAUUGUUUUCGAGUAGUGAAGCCCUAGAAGAGACUAAGAGCUUGGUUGAAGGUUAUAGCAAUAGUUUAAACCUUUUCUUUAGUGACUUUGUUAAUGGGAUGAUUAAGAUGGGGAAUAUCAACCUUUUAACCGGAUCAAAUGGGGAGAUAAGGAAUAAUUGUAGGGUGGUUAAUUCUUAAUUAGAUUUUCAUUGUUAAUUAAUAAGUCCCUAGUAUGGGUACUAGUUUGAUAUGGGGGAUACUUUUAAUUAAUAAAUAAAAUUAGUGAAAGUGAAAUAUGUAUUAUGUAAUAGGGACA